AUGUCGCCCCCCGAAGAGCAGCAGGAGGACACCAGCCCCAGUAUGAAUCCCGUCAAAGUGCAAGCAGAGAAGCUCGAGACCGAAGUGGAGUUGGAGUUCGAAGAGGAGCUCGAUAACGAAGGCGAGCUCGAGAGUGAAGAGAAGCUCAGUAUUGAAGAGAAGUUGGCGAUUGAAGAAGAGCUCAGGAUCAAGGCCGCGGAACAAGAGCAACUACUGAACGAGAUUCCUUCAAAAAGCACCUACCUCAACGCAACGAACUCGCCUCUACUUCUGCUCCCAGCUGAAAUCAGGAACAUGAUCUUCGCCCUUGCUCUCGAUCACCAAGACAUCAUCACAAUCCGCGGGCGCAUGUACAACAAAGUUCGAUCACCAGUCAAUCUGCUCCGCGUCUGCCGCCAAAUCUGUGCCGAGACUGCGCUACUGCCAUACGAACUCAACUUCUUCGCGGUAUCCAACUGGGGCAAACUUUUGUUGCCAUUCCUUCAGCGACGCAACCAAGCCCAACUUGGUGUUAUGAUCGACAUGGAAGUUCUUCGGACGACAGACCUUGCGGAAUUCGUAAUCUUCGGAAUGGAGUGGUGGGAAUAUGAAGAGAAGUAUAGGUUGGCAGCUGCAAGGAUAUUCAAGUCUAUGAACUCCAAGCUUUUAGCUCAGAAUGAGGAGUAG